CGUGCCUUCGGCUUAACCAUUUCACCCAAGACCGUUUGUACCGCGGCGGCCACAGCACUUUUAUUAUGAUCCUUCGACGAGCGAAAAUACUACACAACACCCGCCCACCAUGAAGUCCUUUGCCUGCAGAGAAGCCACCCGCCUGUUGUCUCGUUCCAGCGCUGGACAACGAGCACCAAUUGCAGCUUACACAGCAAGAUGGGAACAAGGACAGAAGAGAGGAUUCUGUGGUUCGAGGGCGCGUUUGGCGGUCAAGCCAUACCUUUUGGCGGAUAUUGGAGAAGGUAUCACUGAGUGCCAGGUCAUACAAUGGUUUGUCAAACCUGGCGCGCGGGUGGAGCAGUUCGACCCAAUCUGCGAGGUGCAAUCAGACAAAGCAUCGGUGGAGAUUACGUCCCGCUUUGAUGGUGUUAUUAAGAAGUUGUACUAUGAGCCGGACGAUAUGGCUAAGGUUGGAAAGCCGCUAGUGGACAUCGACAUCCAAAGCGACAUCUCGGCAGCCGACGAGGCUUUGAUCAACGGAGGAUCAGACAAAGCCGCGGCUGAGACACCAAAGCCUGCCGAACCACAAGAGCAAGAGUUAGAGGUCGGUCGCAAUGAUACAAAGGCUGUAGCGGGAGACGUGCUGUUUUCUGAACAGUCGUCCUCUCUACCGCUCUCGCCCUCGGCCGAACAAACGACAUCCUCACGACAGCCGGGAAAGCAUGCAUCCCUGGCAACACCUGCAGUACGAGGCAUGCUUAAGGAUCUUAAGCUGAAGAUUGAAGACAUAGAGGGAACGGGCAAAGAAGGACGUGUGUUGAAAGAGGAUGUCCAGAGACAUGCGGAGGCGGCGAAGCAAGCGCCAAAGUCAACAACAUCUCCGUCCAGGCCGGCCGCGGUGUCUUCGCAACAGGUCGAAGACCGUGUACACACACUGACCCCGGUCCAGUCAGGCAUGUUCAAGCAGAUGACCAAGUCGCUAUCCAUUCCCCAUUUCCUCUACACCGACAGCAUCGACUUCAGCUCGUUGACACAGCUGCGUAAGAAAUACAACGUCAACCGCGAGAAAGCCGACCGCAUAACUCCACUACCCAUCAUCAUCAAAGCAGUAUCUUUUGCUCUCCAACAGUUUCCGCUGCUCAACGCACACCUCGAUACUACCACCAACCCAGCGAAGCCCCAACUUCAGAUCAAGGGUAGCCAAAACAUCGGGGUAGCAGUUGACUCUCCAUCGGGUCUUUUGGUGCCGGUCAUCAAGAACGUUCAGGAUCACAGCAUUGCUUCACUGGCGCAGGAGAUCACACGUCUCGCCGACCUUGCUCGUACGGGCAAGCUGACAUCGGCGGAUCUUUCUGGUGCUACCUUCACGCUUAGCAACAUUGGAAGCAUUGGUGGCUCUGCUGUUGCACCUGUCAUUGUCACCCCUCAGGUGGGUAUCCUAGGUAUUGGCCGGUCAAAGGUUGUGCCUGCAUUUGGAGAGAAUGGUGAGCUUGUUAAGAAAGAAGAGUGCAUUUUCAGCUGGAGCGCAGAUCACCGGAUAAUAGACGGUGCGUAUGUCGCUCGGGCGGCGGAGGAGGUGAAGAAGUCGAUAGAAGGUGUCGAAAGCAUGCUGGUGAGGAUGAGAUGAUGUGCCAUAUGAUCAAAAUAGAAAAGUUCAAGCAUCGGUAACAACAUAAGUCGCAUGCGAACAAGUCUUGUACCUUGGCGUAAUAUCUUGAUCAUUGUUCUUCACACGAAUGACCUUAAGAACGUUAUGAGAACUUAGAAUGGAGGUCUUUUGCAAUGGCUACCUUUUGAUUUAACAC